AUGGAUGAUAGAUCUGCUCCAGAAGUUCCGGGGAUUGUCCAACCAGGAAAUGUUACUCAAGAUUUAAAAAUGAUGGUUUGUAAACUACUAAAUUCUCCAAAACCCUCCAAGACUUUCCCAGGUUCUCAGCCAAUUUCUUUUGCCCAUGGGCAUAUGUCUGAUAACUUGUUACAACACGAUUAUUAUGUCUGUGAGAAGACUGAUGGAUUACGUGUAUUACUUCUGAUAUUAAUCAAUCCUGUAACCAAAGAACAAGGGUGCUUUAUGAUAGACAGAGAGAACAAUUAUUAUUUAAUAAAUGGGUUUCAUUUCCCCCGUUUACCGCGCCACCAUAAGAAAGAGUUAUUGGAAACUAUGCAAGAUGGAACUUUGAUUGAUGGUGAAUUGGUUAUUCAAACAAAUCCCCAAACUGGUAUGAAAGAGAUGAGAUAUCUAAUGUUUGAUUGUUUAGCAAUAAAUGGCCGUUGUUUGGUUCCAUCUCCAACAAGUUCAAGGUUAGCCCAUUUGGGUAAAGAAUUCUUUAAGCCUUAUUACGAUCUAAGAACUUAUUAUCCUGACCAUUGUGGUACAUUCCCAUUUAAAUUAUCAAUGAAACAUAUGAAUUUCAGUUAUGAUUUAGUAAAAGUGGAGAAUACAUUGGAUAAAUUACCUCACAAAUCAGAUGGUCUAAUUUUUACACCAGUUAAGACUUCUUAUUAUGUUGGUGGUAAGGAUUCAUACUUAUUGAAAUGGAAACCUGAAGAGGAAAACUCUGUAGACUUUAAGCUUAUUUUACAAAUUCCAAUGGUUGAAGAUGAAUCAUUACCAAAAAAAGAUCCAAAUAGAUGGUAUCAUAAUUAUGAUGUUAAGCCAAAUUUUGAACUUUAUGUUUGGAAGGGCGGUGCUGAUGUAAAUUCCAGGUUACAGCAUUUUGACCAACCAUUUGAUAAUAAAGAAUUAGAUUUAUUAGAAAGGACAUAUCAGAAAUUCUCAGAUUUAGAAGUCAGUGAUGAGAAAUGGCAUGAGUUGAAGAAUUUAAAUCAACCAUUAAAUGGUAGAAUCGUUGAAUGUACGAAAGAUCAAGAAACAGGUGCAUGGCAAUUAUUAAGAUUUAGAGAUGAUAAGUUAAAUGGUAAUCAUAUCUCUGUUGUACAAAAAGUAUUAGAAAGUAUUAAUGAUUCUGUUAAGCUAGAAGAUUUAAGUGAAAUUGUUGAAGGUAUUAGAACUAACUGGAAAGAAAGAGAGCAGCAACUGAAGUCUGCAGCUCAUAGGCAACCACCAGCACCUCAGCAUCAACAGCAUCAAUCUCAAACUUUUGAGAACAAUCAAGGUGGUAAUGAUGACAAAUUUGUAGAUGACGAUGAUGAUUGGUUUAAUGAAUGA